GAGACCAUCAAGAGGGAGUUGGAGGCUGUGACUCUGGCACUUGCCACGCAGCAGCGAGAGAACGGGCAGGAAAGCCACACGCACCUGGGGGAGCUCUUGAGGGAAGAGCUCACCGCGCUGAAGGACGCGCAGUCCGCCUCUGCCGCAUCUCUGCAGGAGAAGGUCGGCGAGUGGACCAACUCACUCAGCGAGAACGUGAGCCGCGUCGAGUCGGGAUUGGAGAAGGUCUUGCAAAGUGUUGAGUCACAAGAGAAGGACAAGGAGAAGCCAAAAUCCUCUGCCGGCCGACGAACGAGCCAAAACAGUGAGAGGUGA